AUGAACACGUGUGGCACAUACAAAAUACAAAAUGGAGAUAAGACGAAGAGAAAGAAGUACACUUAUUUAUUUCUUAGUAUCCUUAUUUGUUUAAUAAUUAGGGUUUUUAUUUUUUUUCUUUUGAAUAUACUAGAAGGAAGUAGUUAUGAAUACAUUAAUAAGUUAAUGAAUGUGGAUAUGAACAUAGAACAUAUAAAAAAAUAUGAAGAUAGUAGAGGAUUCAAUGAUAAGAUAGAUAAUAUAAAAAAAAAAGAAAUGUUUAUAGAAAAGAUAAAUGAUGAUGAAAUAAAAAAUAAUAAUACUUAUAAUAUAAAUUAUAAUGAUUAUAAUAUGAUAGAUAAUAAAAUGAUUAUAACAAAUAUGUAUAUAAAAGAACUUGAAUUAUAUUUUCAAAAAAAUAAACGAUAUAAUAAUUUAAGAAGUUUUUUAUUAAAAAAUGAUUAUAUGCAUUAUUCAUUUAAUACAGAUAUAUAUAAUUUAAAAUAUUUAUAUGAUAGUUAUAUGUUAAGAAUAUUAAAAAAAGAUAUGUAUUCUUCUUUAAAUAUACGAAUAAAUCCAAUAUUUUUAAAAAUAUUACAUUUACUUUUAUUCAAACCAAUAAAGACAAAUAUAUAUAUAUUAAUAAAAAUAUUUAAUAAUUAUGAAUUCCGUUUUUUUCUAUUUAUAUCUCUAAUAGAUAUACUUAUAGCUAUAUUCUUAUUUUUAAUAAUAGAAAAAUUAAAUAAUUGGAAUAUAUAUUUUCAUUAUAUUAUUUGUAAAAAUUAUACUACUACUACAAAUCAUUUUAAUUUAAUUAAUCCAUUAUUAUUAAUAAAUAUAUAUUUAAAUAAUCCUCUUAAUAUCUUAUCAAAUAGUUUUUUAUCUUUAGAUAAUUUUAAACUAUUAAUAAUUACAGCAACGUUUUAUAUAACUCUAUUAAGAAUACAUAAUCUAUCAAAUCAACAAAAUCAAAAUGUUUAUUUAAAUAAAUAUAAAAAAAUACGUUCCUUGUUUAAUCUAAUUCUUAUUCUUUUCAACAAUGCUAUAUUAUUAUAUGUCACCUCUUUUCAUUUUAUACUUGUUGUUAUAGGAAUAAACCAUUUGAUUAUAUAUAUAGAAGAAGAUUUUAUAAAAAAAUAUCAUAUAAAUCAAAAUAUACAAAUUUACAAACUGACACAUAUGUUAUUCAAAAAUUUGUUUUUAUUACUUAUUAGUUUAAUUAUAUAUGGUCUAUUAAUAGUACUAUCAUAUAUUCAAAACUCCCAUUCGCUAUCCUUUUUAAAUAAUACAGUGAUAAAUGAAUAUAAAAUAUUAUUACUCUUACCAAACUUGGGAAAUUUCUGGUAUAUCUUCUCAACG